AUUCACAGUGCCUUCCAUGUUCUCUACCUCUUAAUUGCGCCACGACGCAUCGCAGGAACAUGACAUGCAGACAUCUUCAGCGGUGAAGCUAUAAUGGGAGUACCGGAAAUUGGAGGGCCUCGCAUGCAAAUGAGCUUCACUUAGCGGGAUGGAUUCGGGAGGCCCAUCUCUGGCGUUUUCGGACAGCCGUGCAGCAGACGUUUUCAUGGAAAAUGGGCUCAAUGCAUCGGACUAAAGCUAAUGAAAGUAUACGCGUACAGAGGAGAUUACGGCCUUCGUGCUUUGACACCCAAUGACAGACGUGGCCAUGGAGCUGCUAUAUAUUCUGGGCUUCCUGUUAUCUUUCAAGUCAAUCCUAUAUUCCCGCUACUACUCUUCCCCGGUUGAAACAGUCUAUCGCUCCACGAACCAUGAAUAUGAAGCAGCUCUUCUCUCUCAUCUAUCUUGCCUCUUUCACCGCUCGUGGAUCCCCUCUCGUCGGCCGAGAUAGACGCGACGACGCUGGAGUGGCCAAAGAUGCUCCCAAUGUGCAAGUCCGACACAAGGGCUGGAAGACUCGUUCCUGGUACGAUUACGAUUACGAUGACAAAGACCGAUUCGCCUCCACGCGCACCGUCACAGUCACCGUCACAGUUACCGUCACCCAGCCAGUGGAUGGUCUUCCCACGGACGGCAUACCUGUGGGAAAUGCUACGACGACUGUUGACGGUGGCGUAACGGCUACAUCGACCGUCGACCUUGCUCCAAUCACAUUGAUUGAUAUCAAAACACUUGUUUCGUCAUCGGGCCCGACCUCAGGCAAUGCUGCGGCCGCACCCACGCCGAAUGAUAUACCGCCGAUUACGUUGUUUGAUGUUAACACGCUAUCUCCGACUGCAGUUGCGAGCUCGGUGGAUAACGCGGCGGCCCCGACUCCGAAUAAUCUGGCGCCGAUUACACUGAUCGAUCUCAAGGCAUUGAGCAGUGUUGCGGCGAGGGUGGCGUAGGAGACUAGAGGAGCUGAAUGCUCGUUACUGCAGUCCUUUCUGCUUUAACAACGCCGCAUUGAGCAUGGCUGUUGAUCUUGACGGAUC